UCUGUUGUGUUGUGUUUCAGACUAGUUCACAUGCUUUAAUAGAGAUGAGAAUGUUGCUCCACUCAGGCGACAGAUUACCAAGCCAUGCCUUUACACAGUCUAUUGUCUUUGUCCUCGCUCCGUGUGCCAGACUGGACUGAUUCCUGGUUGAAGUGCAGCAUGGUGACGCGCAUUGCUGCGCCACAACAGAUUGUCUAGAUAGUCAAAGUGUUAUAUUUACACACAGAGUGCGAAUGUACAAACACUUGCUCAAUGACAAGGUGGUUGGAAAUGUUUGUUUUUAAAUAAUCCUAAUCCUAUAAAACAUCAUGUUACCAGUUGACCUCUAAAUGUGAGAAUUUAGCCACAUGUGCCACUUGUGUGGCAUCCUGUACCAUUUACACACGAAUGACCUUCAUGCAUGAUGGAAAAGGUGAUCUCUAAAAGCACGCGCAGAUGUCUGCAGAGGUUAAGGUUAGGGUUAAGGUGAGGGUGACGUUUACAAAGUAAACGGUAUCUGUUUAAAGAAAAAAAUGACAAGUGAAGCAGUGUGUUGUGAACUUCUUUGUUGCAAUGAGGUCAUUUAAAGAUCAUAUAGUUCACACACAGUUGUGAAGACCUAAUACACACAUACGUCUAUGGUGAUUGUGUGAGGGAUCCGCUGUAAAGGUAUUAGCUCCUUCAAAACUUGGGUGGACGCAAAAUUCCUUUUCAGUAUUUUUCCCUUCCCCAUACAGCCAAAGGUCUUCUUCAUAAACUCAUUGACUCAUAUAGCCUACACGUUGAGGCGUAGGCUAUCUGUCAUUUUGUGCCAGUGGUCACAUGGCUUUGGCCCUCAGGAAUGGAUAGAGAUGGAUCCCCACGUCAGCUUGUAAGUCUAAGGAUUUGUGCUCCACCAGUCUGCCUCUAAGUGACUGGAGCGCAGCAGCGCCGCGGAGGAACUACGCGAGGAUGAUUGUAGGACGUUUCCAUUAAGGCACCAGAAUAUGGAUUUUGAUGAGCGGCUCUCUGGCUCUAAUAUGUAUCUACCGAGCUGCACUUACUACGUCUCCGGAGCAGACUUCCCGGGUCUCCCUCACUAUUUAACCCAAAGCCAGUCGUCUUGCCCCGUGACCUACUCCUACCAGUCCUCAGCGCUGCCACAGGUCCCGUCCGUGAGAGAUGUGGCUUUCAGAGACUAUGGCAUCGAUGCCUCCAGUAAAUGGCACCACGGCAGGGGCAGCCUGUCACACUGCUACACGGAGGAUAUCAUGCACAGGGACGGCUGGACAAACCCGAGCGCACGGGGAGGAGGAGAGAUCCUGGUGAAAGGAGGCUCCGGCGCCAGCAGCAGCAGCUCCGGCUCCUCCAACCCGACUCCGGGAUUUUAUGGCAGCGUUGGCAGGAACGGUGUCCUGCCGCAGGCGUUCGAUCAGUUCUUCGACACAGCCUACGGGAGCGCGGAGGGUAGCACAACAACAACAGCCACAGCACACGCAGCAGAAACGGACAGACACGCAGCCAAAACAAGCCCCGUCCCGGAUCACACCGGCGCAGCCUCGGACUCGGCAGAGAGCUGCAGCCCCAAGUCUUCCUCCGGCCACUGCAGCGAGGAGAAGCAGAGCAGAGGCAGCAGUGGCCAAAGGACGCGCAAGAAAAGGUGUCCAUACUCCAAAUAUCAGAUCAGGGAACUGGAGCGGGAGUUCUUCUUCAGUGUUUACAUCAACAAAGAGAAGCGUCUGCAGCUCUCGCGGAUGCUCAACCUGACAGACCGCCAGGUCAAAAUCUGGUUUCAGAACAGGAGGAUGAAGGAGAAGAAACUGAGCAGAGACCGUUUACAGUACUACACCACAAACCCCCUGCUAUAAAAACUGAACAAAGACUGUCACUGGCUUUCAGCCAUGUGCACCCUGACCGUCUACAACAACAUUACCUGGACAAGAUGGCGAGUCUUUUUUAUAAAUGUGCCAGACUUUGUAAAGAAUUUUAGUAUUUACACGCUAUUUUGUCAGCAAACAACAUUGCCCUUAUUAUUAUAAUUAU